GAGGCGGGACCGGGCGGGGCGAGGACGUUGUCGGCGCCCGGGAGCGGCAGAGCGCGGCGGUGGCCGCACCGGGGUCGGCGGGGAUGGGCGGCGGGAGGUGCGCGCUACUCUGCGCGCUGCUGGCGGCUCUGCGCCCGCCCCGCGCCGCGGCCGAUGAUGCUGACCAAAAUCAAGGUCUAAGGCCAUACCUGCUGGCAGAGUCCCAUCGCCCUGCACGAAGCGUGGCUACUGUUGGUCACUGGCCUCACCAGAGCACAGAGCAGUCCCAGGAGGUGCCCUCAGUCAGCUCUCUACGUCAAAUUAAGUUUAACCCCACUGUGCGACAUAUUGUAAUUAAUGAGCACAAAGAUGUUGCGUUUAAUUGUUCCAUCAAAGUACCUCAGCUGCUGCUCAGACCGGACACCCCAGGCAUUUCGUUAUGGAAGGAUGGAAGGGAGCUGCACGUGGACCGCAUUGCCACCAGCCAGUUUGAGAUAUCUGAUGAGGAGGAGGUAGCAAUGACCUCCACCUUCAGCAUCCAUUCCGCCCAGCGCUCGGAUAACGGCUCCUAUGUCUGCAAACUAAACAUCUCUGGCAUGGAGGUGGUGUCAGAUCCCAUCUUGGUGCAGCUGGAAGGGCUCCCACACUUCAUUCAUCAGCCCGAGAAGCUGAAUGUCACCAAGAACAGUCCCUUCAAUCUCACAUGCCAAGCCGUGGGCCCGCCGGAGCCUGUGGAAAUCUACUGGUUUCGCAACAAUGUCCGACUCAAUGAGAAGCCCCACAUCUCACCAUCAGUCCUGACGGUGCCGGGUCUUAAUGAAACAGCGCUGUUCAGCUGUGAGGCUCACAACAGGAAAGGGCUGACGGCAUCCAACCCGGGGCAGGUCAACGUGAAAGGAAUACCAUCUGCACCUGCCAGUGUGAAUGUCCUCAACAGAAUGGCCCACAGUAUUGUGAUAUCCUGGGUGCCGGGCUUUGAUGCAUUCUCGGCCUUUAACAGCUGCAGUGUUCAGGUCAAGGAAGUUGUUCCACAAAGCAACGUCUCACUUCUGCUCUUUAACACCUCGGUGCCUCCCCACGUGUAUCACAUCCAGCAGCUGGAGCCCAUGGCAGACUAUAACGUCCGUGUUUCCUGCAGGAAUGAAGUUGGCUGGUCAACAUUUAGCCCCUGGAUAACCGCCAGCACCACUGAGGGAGCUCCGACCACCCCACCACUGAAUGUCACAGUGUCAUUCAAUGAAUCCAGCUCCUCCCUGGAGAUCCGGUGGGUGAAGCCGCCCCUGGAAAGGAUCCACGGUGAACUGCAGGGCUAUCACAUCUGGUACAGGUGGCAGAACUCCAAGGGGAUGCAGAAUGUCUCCACUGAAGCCCGGCAGAAUACCAGCAUGGCCAUCCUGCCUGUGGUGGCCACCAAUGCCACCUGCUCCAUCCGAGUGGCUGCUGUCACCAAGGGAGGAGUGGGACCUUUCAGCAGCCCAGUGGAGGUCUUCAUCCCUGACAGUGGAUUAGUAACCUCAGCCCCCUCUUCGACUCCAGCCUCCGGGAAUGCAGACACCUUUAUCGUAGCCCUGGGCUUUAUCUCUGGGACCAUUGCUGUCGGGCUGACCCUCUGCUUGUCUGUGGUCAUCCAGAAAAGAUGCAUGGAAACGAAAUAUGGGAACGCUUUCAGUGGGAAUGAUUUGGAGCUGGCAGUGAACUAUACGGCCAAGAAGUCCUACUGCCGGAGAGCCGUUGAACUUACAUUGGGUAGCCUGGGUGUCAGCAGCGAGCUCCAGCAGAAGCUGCAGGAUGUUGUUGUGGACAGGAAUGCCCUCAGCCUGGGGAAGGUCCUGGGAGAGGGGGAGUUCGGGUCAGUGAUGGAGGGUCAUCUCACCCAGCCUGAAAGCACGGUGCAGAAGGUGGCUGUGAAAACCAUGAAGCUGGAUAACUUUUCCCAAAGGGAGAUAGAAGAGUUCCUUAGUGAAGCAGCAUGCAUGAAGGACUUCGACCAUCCCAAUGUCAUCAAGCUCCUAGGCGUGUGCAUUGAGCUGAGCGCCCAGCAGGUCCCCAAGCCCAUGGUGAUCCUCCCGUUCAUGAAAUAUGGUGACCUGCACAGCUUCCUGCUUCGCUCACGGCUGGAGAUGGCUCCCCAGUUUGUGCCCCUGCAGACGCUAGUCAAGUUCAUGGUUGAUAUUGCCCUGGGGAUGGAGUAUCUGAGCAGCCGGCACUUUCUCCACAGGGAUUUGGCGGCUCGAAACUGCAUGUUACGGGACGACAUGACGGUGUGUGUGGCAGACUUUGGUUUGUCAAAGAAGAUUUACAGCGGUGAUUACUACCGUCAAGGCCGAAUAGCAAAAAUGCCAGUGAAGUGGAUUGCCAUUGAGUCCCUGGCUGACCGCGUCUACACUACCAAGAGCGAUGUGUGGGCAUUUGGCGUUACCAUGUGGGAGAUAGCGACCCGAGGGAUGACGCCCUACCCAGGAGUGCAGAACCACGAGAUCUAUGAGUACCUCUUCCAUGGGCAGCGCUUGAAAAAGCCCGAGGACUGCUUGGAUGAGCUGUAUGAAAUAAUGUCUGCGUGCUGGAGAGCUGACCCUGCUGUCCGCCCAACGUUCUCCCAGCUGAAGGUCCAUCUGGAGAAGCUGCUAGAAAACCUGCCUACUGUCAGGGGAUCCGGAGACAUCAUCUACAUCAACACCAGCCUGCCUGAGGAGAGCCCAGACUCCACCCAGGAUUCGGGCUUUCCCCAAGGGGACUCUGAUUUUGACCCUGGGGACAUUACUGAACCCUGCUCUCCCCAAGCGGAGGUGGCUGUGGAUGUCCACCACAAUGAACAAUGGGAGACGAGGUAUGUCCUGGAGAAGCAGCUCAGCAGCCCCACGGAGGAGGCCUACGUCCCAUUGCUGCCCAACGAGGGAGCCAGCGAGGGCUCAGCAUGGACCCAGGCCAGCACCUUGCCCUCUGGCAGCUCGCUCAUGCCGGGGCUGCUGCGCUCUGAUAGCUGUGUGGAGGACUCCGAAGUGCUGCUGUGAAAGUGGGAGCCUGCGCAGAAUGGAGUGUCAAUGGGCUCUGGGAAAAAGGACAGAGAGGGUAUAUUUUAAUAAAGUUGUCUAGUUUGUUUCGUAGAAUCAUAGAAUGGUGUGGGUUAGAAGAGACCUUAAAGCCUAUCCAGUUCCAACUCCCCUGCCAUGGGCAGAGACACCUCUCGCUGGACCAGGCCCCUCAAAGCUCCAUCCAGCCUGACCUAGAAAACUUCCAGGGACGGGACAUCCAUAGCUUCCCUGGACAACCUGUGCCCGUGCCUCACCACCCUCGUCAUGAAGAAUUCCUUCCUAAUGUCUAACCUAAAUCCUCCCCCUCCAAUUUAAAGCCAUUCCCCUCAUCCUAUCACUCCAUGCCCUUGUAAAAAGUCCCUCCCCAGCUUUGCUGUAGCACCCUUCAGGUACUGGAAGGCUGCUAUAAGGCCUCCCUGGAGCAUUCUCCAGGCUGAACAGCCCCAACUCUCUCUGUCUGUCCUCAUAGCAGAGGUGCUGCAGCCCUUGAAUCAUCUUUGUAGCCCUCCUCUGGACCCAUUUUAAUAUUUCCAUAUCCUUCUUAUGUUGGGGAUUUCUUCCUGACUUAUUUUCCCUGCGGAUUUUGGCCCUUCCCAGUUGCUGUUCCCUGGGCUGAAGUCAUGGGGGUU